UAAGCUUUGAAGAUGUAAUCAGUGAGGAUGGAAACAUACCCAGUCUCUUUGUUUUUAUUGUGAACAGGGAAGAAAGAGACAUGAUUUUGUCCAUGCAACAACCAGUACAGAAACGACCAUCAUAAUCACUCUUGCGCCUGCGCCUCACACCCACCAACAUUUGGCGACAGCUGAGCUAGCUAGCGGUAACGGUCGUUUGCUAACAUCAUGGAUGAGUUUCAGACUGGAGAAGAGACUGCCUUUGUCGUUGACGAAGUGAGCACUAUCAUCAAAGAGUCAGUAGAAGGAGCCAUAGGAGGAAAUGCCUAUCAACAUAGCAGAGUGAACCAAUGGACCACUAAUGUAGUGGAGCAGUCCCUGAGUCAACUUAGCAAACUGGGCAAGCCUUUCAAGUACAUUGUGACCUGUGUUAUCAUGCAGAAAAACGGGGCAGGUCUACAGACAGCCAGCUCAUGCUUCUGGGAUAACACCACUGAUGGAAGCUGUACAGUGAGGUGGGAGAAUAAAUCCAUGUACUGCAUCGUCAGUGUCUUCGGCCUGGCCAUCUGAAUCUACCACCUGCACUCAAUUACACUACAUGAAUGAACGUUGGUUUUUCCAUUCCGUCCAAACUGAUUGUUAGCAUAAAGCCCAAUAUUAUACCCUGAUGAUGACAGCUCGUCUGUCAAAACGUUGGUUAUUCAAUUAUUGCAUCUAAGCUCCUAGAGUGUGCGGCUCUCCUUUUCUCAUAAAGCCCACCAUACCAAAGUAUUUCUACUGCUUAAAGACUUUUGUGCAUCUUGUUUGUUUAGAUUUUACGAGGACCAAUUUGUCAUGUUAGGAUUUGUUAGUGACGUUUCAAUAAAUGUUUUCAGUCAUUGCUUGUUUGCCAGCUUCCAAUAUAACCCCCAACUAUAAUUCAUUCUACCACAACACCUAUAGGCCAGUGAAAUGCUGAGUAGAGGUCACCCCAGAGACACAUUGUCAGAUAGCGUGAUGACUUCAUCUGCACUGAUCAGUUGAGGACUGUCGUGUAGGAAUGACGUCCCGUCAGAAGACAAUGCCCAGAGACAUGCUUGUUUUAUAAUUUACAAGUUUUAAUUCAUAUUUGCUGUAUACACAAGUGCUUUAUUUACAUGUGAUACAGUAUUUACAGAGUGCCGUUCUAAUUUAGUCAAGAGUCUACCAUAAAGAAAAUCAUGGUUCUUGCUCAAACCUCAAAAUAACCACCACAAUCAUCUCCCUAUAAGCCACAAGUAUAUAUAUAAAUAAGAUGCUCCAUCACAAACAAAAAGAUUUCAGACUGCAGUCAAAGUUUGGAGGAAACUCCUGACCCUGGUACAAAGUGGAAACAAGGCACCAUCUUUAUUAGAAUACAUGUUUGGAGGAUCAGUGGUAACUCUUUCCUUCAACACAAACAUUUCAUUCAUUUGGUUCAGACAGAAAAUUACCAAUGGUUAGUGAUGAAAACUAACUUGCCUCCUUGAGCCUGUAUCCAUAAAAUCCUGCAUCAGGUUAUUGAUUACAGAAAAAAAAAAAGGUACAAAACAAUAAUCCAUAAUGUUAUUUGUUUAAUUUGUACAAAUGAAAUUUACAUAUAGCCAAAGUAGCUUUGAAGUAAACAAAAAAUAAAAGCUAUGAAAGGCAAGCUAAAAUGAACGAUGGAAGGGCCAUAUGACAAAUAUGCUACUUGAGUAUUCCUUUAACACACAGAUGUCAAACUCAUUCCAGGGAGGGCCGAGUGGCUGUGGCUUUUCUUUCCUCCCUUGAUUGAUUAAUUAAGGUCACUAAUUAGUAAGGAACUCCCCACACAUGGUUCUCUAGGUCUUAAUUGCAAGGAAAAACCAAAAGCCUGCAGACACUAGGCCCUCCACGGAAUGAGUUUGACACCACUGCCUUAAUAUUUCACAAUACACAUUUCACAAGACAUCACAAUCAAAUGAUUAAGCAUUAGAAGUGUUUGAAUGAACUUCAGGAAUCAUCCAUAUCUUAAGUCUAGACUAUUGCUUCGGGAAUGUGAAAACUGAAAACUUUUUCCAUAGCUAUUAAACAAUAGUGCCAUAAUUUUGGGGGGCAAAAAUGACAUACGAUUUGGACACCAGGAGUACAAUCAUACAGUGGCUUCACUUAGGAAUGGAUUGGCAAAAGAGUGGGUCAACUGCUACACCUACUCAAGUUAAGGUUCUUCCUGCUGGUUAUUGUAACGCAUGGUGGUAGUCCGGUAAAUACUCAGAAAACUUCACUUCUAUGGGUAUUAGAUUGAUGGAUAUGCAUGCUUAUACU